UGUAGGUUGCGCAUAACAGUCGUUCAGUUCUGCUAUCCCAUUAAAAGACCUCUGUUGUUGAAACCAUAUAUUCCCCACCGUGCAGGGAUUCCUACUUCAGGCGUUCACCCACCAGUCGUAUCCGGAGACAUCUCGCAUCGUCCCGGGCUACAUGCGGCCUAUGGACUUCCUGGGCGACGCCUUGCUGAAGGAAAUGCUGACCGUCCAGCUGUACGGGACAAUCUCUCCGCUCACACCGAAGGCGCUGCACGAGACCCGCAAACGGCUCGAGUGCAACCGCUUCUUUGGUUACGUGGUGGUCAGCAACGGGAUGCACAGGCUGAUCCGGUCGCAUUCCCCCGAGCUCAGCGAACGCAUCGUUCAGUACGUCAAAAAACUGGGGAAUGGGGAGUAUCCGGGAUUCAGGAUUCCUGCUCCUCCAAAGCCCUUGGCAGACAUCUUCGAGGCCCUGGCCUCAGCAGUCUACUUGGACUCGGACCAGAGCAAGUCAACCGUGUUUCGUUCUUUCUUUCCGCUGCUGCGAUCCCAGUUCAACGCUGAGCUAGAGAAAACUGCUGCCGUAGCCGAGAGGAAUGACAGUUCACACAUCAACGACAGCGAAUCGUCCGAAGAUUAAAGCGGACGUCCAUAGGGCCCGCGCACAUUGUGGACGAGACAGCGGCAGACUGAAUUCGCAUUUUUGUUAUGUCCGGAUUAUCUUAUGUAU